AUGUGGAGUACAGACGCCUGGUGGUACACUGUGUCACCUCGGAUAGAUCAGAGACUUUCAGGGUCCCUGGGUGACAGUGUCCGGCCGGGAGCUCCCAACCACUUCCUGUGUGUCACAUUAUUGAGGCCAAGUAGCACCACCAGCACUCUCAGCACCAUCAGCACUUCCAUGGCCUUCAGCACCAUCAGCACUUCCAUGGCCUUUAGUACCACCAGCACUCCCAUGGCCCCCAGCUCCACCAGCACUCCCAUGGCCACCAGCACUCCCCAUGGCCUGGCUCCACCAGCACCCCAUGGCCACCAGCACUCCCAUGGCCACCAGCACCCCAUGGCCACCAGCACUCCCAUGGCCCCAGCUCCACCAAGCACUCCCAUGGCCCAGCACUUGGCCCCAGCUCCACCAGCACUCCCAUGGCACCAGCACCCCAUGGCCUCCACCAGCACCCCAUGGCCACCAGCACUCCCAUGGCCCCCAGCUCCACCAGCACUCCCCAUGGCCCCCAGCUCCACCAGCACUCCCAUGGCCUUAGCACCAUCAGCCUCCCAUGGCCCCAGCACCACCAGCACUCCCAUGGCCCCAGCCCACCAGCACCCCAUGGCCCAGAGUCUCCACCACCCCUGGCCCCAGCUCCACCAGCACUCCCAUGGCCCUCAGCUCCACCAGCACCCCAUGGCCCCAGCACCACCAGCACUCCCAUGGCCUUCAGCACCACAGGGGUCUCCACCACCACCAGGGUCUCCAGGGGCCUGCCCUACAUGUCCUGCCUUAGUACCGUGA